AUGGUAGCCCACUCUGACCCCGACGCUAUUGUCGAAACCCUGAUCACAUGGGAUAUGGUAGAACAGGAUGCCCAACGCCAAUACAAGACUACCGCUAAAACGGGACCUAAACGCUCGGCCGUCCACCUUGGAGACCAAAACGGCUACGUUUCAAAAUGCGCCCUAGUUACCUUUGAUUGGACUGAAGAGCAGGAUCGACUACCUCGGGAAGGAGUGAUGAAGAUCGUUUUUCGGGACAAAAUUCAGAAGCUCUCCGAUAUGGCGAAUGGCGCCUAUGAUAAUGCCGCGGAUCAGGCCAGGACGCUAAACGACACCGAGUUACAAUUUUACAAAGAAAUGGCGGAGCUCGAUGAAAAGCCAGAUAUUCCACUGCCGCGAUUUGUUUGCGGCAGACCGUAUGGGAUCGAUGGGCUACCUGCAGGUUACUUAAUCGUCGAAAAAGUUAACGAUUUCCACAACAUCCACAUAUACCAAGAUCUGGAAGAGGUCUCGGCUUUGGCUGGUCUUGAAGUUAUGUCAAAUAUGGCAGCCUAUUCCCUUGAACACCCUGAAAAUGCUCGAAAAUUAGCUGAAAAUCGUACCUUUGAAACACAUUUUGGCGAUUUUUCUACUUCAUGGAAAGUCGAACGGGGAAUUGACAACAUGGGAAAACGGUUCCCGGAUAAAGCCGAACAGCUUCAAGAGCUUAAGAAAGUAUCCAAAUAUUUUGCGACGAUCGAAACAUUAGUGGAAACGAUGUUGCAAAACACCAAAUUACCAAUGCUCGUCCACGGCGAUCUUUGGCCUGGCAAUAUCUUGUGGAGAAAAGAGGAAAAUGGCGACUACUUGGUGAAAUUGGUGGUGGAUUGGCAGAUUGCCCACAUCGGCAACCCUUGCGAAGAUUUGGUCCGCUUUCUAUCCAAGGGGCUGGGUGGAAAGGAAUAUGCUACCAGGCGUGAUUUCUAUUUGGAAGCUUUUUAUAAUGGUGUGGUUCGGCAGGUGCAGGGCAAGCAACUGUUGCCUUGGAAAAGCCUUGCAGAGUUUAUUGCUGAGUAUGAGCGCAUCUUCCCACUGGUCUUCCUCGUUUGGUUCCCGCCGUUUAUCCAACUGGUUUCUGAUGAACAAAUAAUGGGCACAGGAGAGGAUGCGGCCCAACGACUUGAAACCUUUCGAGUUAAAUUCCGCGGGUUGGUGGACGAAGCCAUUCGAUGCGUGGAGAAGAGAUAC